UAGAUGGUUUUAAAUUGAUGCUUUCCUCGUCACUUAUGUCUUCAAGAACUUCAACUCAACAAGCAGCUCAAUCAAUACUUUUCCACUUAGACAAUGGAGGAAGAAGCUCCUCAUCAAUGGCUGAACCUAGCACUGAUCUCUCUCUCCCUCCUCUUCCUCCUCUACAGAUUCUUCCUCCAUAAAAACACAAUUCCCAACCACCACCUCCCACCGAGCCCUCCUUCCCUCCCUAUCAUUGGCCACCUCCACCUGGUCAAGGAGCCCCUCCACCGAACCCUACACGAUCUCUCGCUCCAGCACGGUCAAGUCUUCCUCCUACGGCUCGGCUCGCGCAAAACCGUGGUCGUCUCCUCUUUGUCGGCUGUUGAGGAGUGUUUUACUGAGAAGGAUGUCGCCUUCGCCAACCGACCCCGUUUGCUAUCCGGGGAGCUCCUCAACUACGGCUACAGCACCAUAGGCCUAAGCCCUUAUGGUGACUACUGGCGCAACCUCCGCCGCUUCACAGCCGUGGAGAUGUUCUCCGCGAGGCCCCUUGCUGAUUACUCCGCUGUCCGGCACGAUGAGGUUCUUUCCCUGGUGAAGCAACUGUUUCGAGAUCACAGCUGUCUCGGAGACCGGAAAGAUAGGGAAUGGCUGAAGGUGGAUAUGCGACGGAGGUUGUUAGAUCUUGCAUUGAACGUGAUGAUGCGUAUGAUCGCCGGAAAGAGCUAUUUUGGGACGGACCAGGUGUCGGAGGAAGGGAGGGAGUUCAGAGAGAUCAUGAGAGAAUACUUACAGCUUCUCGGAAGCGCCGGGUACAUUGGGGAUUUCAUCCCGGCGUUGUGGUGGGCGGAUUUUCAGGGGGUGAAGAAGAAGAUGGAGAGCGCGAUGAAGAAGGCGGACGUGUUUUUCCAGCAGCUGGUGGAUGAGCACCGCCGGAAAAGGAGUUCGUCAUCGUUGUCGUCGUCAAAAGGGGCCGACGGGAUGAGAUCAUCAAGGACGACGCUCAUCGAUCGGAUGCUGGAUGUCCAAGAACAGAAUCCGGAAUUCUACACCAACAAAACAGUCAAAAGCCUCGUUCUGGUAAUGCUGCUUGCUGGAGGCGACACCACGGCCACCACAAUAGAAUGGGCGAUGAUACUUCUCCUCAACCACCCGGAAGCAAUGCGAAGGGCUUGCGACGAGUUAGAAUCCAAAGUAGGACAUGAUCGCCUCCUCGAAGAAUCUGACCUCGCUAAUCUCAACUACCUUCAAAACGUCGUUAGCGAGACAAUGAGGUUGUAUCCAGCAGCUCCGCUUCUGCUUCCGCACGAAUCCUCAGAGGACACGUCCAUCGGGAACUUCCACAUUCCGCGAGGUACGAUGUUGCUAGUAAAUGCAUGGAGCCUUCAUCGGGACCCCAAGCUAUGGGUGGAUGCUGAGAGGUUCGUGCCCGAGAGAUUUGACGGCGGCGAAGAGAGCAACGAAGGGUUUAAAAUGAUUCCUUUCGGUGCUGGAAGGCGAGCUUGUCCCGGGGCUGCUCUUGGGAGGAGAGUGGUGGGGUUAGCGUUAGGAGCAUUGCUUCAGUGCUUCGAGUGGCGGAGAGUUGGCUUGGAGGAGAUCAACAUGACGGAGGGCAACGGCCUCACCGCGCCACCGGCGGAGCCUUUGCAGGCCUUGUGCAAGCCACGGGAAAUCAUGGCGCCCUUCCUAGCCGGUGGAGAUGAUCGCUUUGGUGAGGAAACAAUGAAGAAAUGCUAGCUAGAGACACCAAAAACCUAAAAAGUACACGUUGGGUUAGGAAGCGACAUGGAAUAAUAUGGAGUAAAUCUCACUCGAUCUUUCAAAAAUAAGUUAUUUUACACUAGACCUAUAAAGUCAGGGUAGUUUAUUCAACAUACAUCGUUUUAUGUCAUUAUUCGAGUCUAUCCAGUCCACUAUAAAAGAAUAAUCACAUACUCUAUUUAAGUGAGCAUUCUUUUUUAUUUUGGCCAUUGUUAACCACUUACACCUACAUCGCACGAUGGCGUGGUGUGUAAUGACAUGUUGUGGUAACGAUGAUGUAUCAUGCGACAAGCGAAUGUAUGAAUCCUAACUGUGAUGUGUAUGAAUGAAAAUCUGUCGAGAUGACAUGA